CGCACGCCUCGCUCGCACCCGGCAUCCAACAACACCUGAGACCCAUCCACAAACAAGCCCGACCUUCUGCCGACGCUGUUAAGGGCCGCUCGCAUCAAAACGAGAAAUUGUCGGUUCUCAAGGGCGCGCGACGGGGCCAGGUGCGCGUCCCGUGCCCAUCACGCCGCGGUCACUUCGCUCGUGACCUGCUUGAGUCGAAGUCAUCGUCCGUCUUCCACGAUUCAGCUCGGCGGCGACAGCUGCUUCUGCUUCGGCUGAUUAUUCCCCCCCCGGGAAUUCGUGGGUGCGUGACGCCGGUUGAUACGCUGUGAGCUCGGCGAGAUGGACCUCACCGAAACGUCGGACUUUGCCUCUGCCAACCUCUUCUCCAAGAUGGCAGAGAUCCGCGCAAGCAAGAUCAACUGGCAGCCCUACCUGCAGAGCCAGCUCAUCGCCGCUGACGAUUUCGAGUUCAUCCAGCGGUUUACCGCGGCUGGAACCGAGCAGAGGCGCCGCAUCGCCGAAAUCGAGGGCACGCAGUGCGCCCAGACGCUCCUGCACCUGGUGACGCGCAUCGUGAAGGAGAGCGUCGUGCAGUUCGUCCUCGUGCUGAUCGAAGACCUGCUGCAGGAGAACGGAGAGCACGCGCAGAUUUUCUCCGUGUUCACGCGGAGGAACCACAGGAGCCAGUGGGUGCUCUUCAUGCCCAUGCUCAACCGCCAGGAGAUCCUCACCAUGCACCUGGCUGCGCGCGUCGUGGCUCGCCUGGCCAUCAUGAGCCGGGAGCUGCUGCAGGGGAGCGACCUCGGCUUCUACCUCAUCUGGCUCAAGACCCACCUGAGCGUGCAGAAGCUCCGAGCGGCGGUCGGGGAUGGAGUGGGCGGCGGAGGCAACAGCGAGGCGCUGCACUACUUCCAGAGCGCCGCGUCCUGCCUGCAGCUCAUCCUCCGCACGGGGGAAUACCGCUUCGCGUGGGUGCAGGAGGACGGCAUCAGCUGCAUCAUGGCGGUGCUGCACAACAGGUGCGGCGUGCAGCUGCAGUACCAGAUGAGCUUCUGCCUGUGGCUGCUCGCCUUCAGCCCGCAGGUGUGCGAGCUGCUGCGCACCAACAGCCCCGUGCCGGCGCUGGCCGACGUCCUCAACGAGUCGGUCAAGGAGAAGGUCACACGCAUCGUGCUCGCCGCCUUCCGGAACAUGCUGUCGCAGGCGGUGGAAAAGGAGACGCGCCACGAGUUCGCCCUCACCAUGAUCCAGUGCAAGGUGCUCAAGCAGCUGGAGAACCUGGAACAGCAGAAGUUUGAGGACGAGGACGUGGUAGAGGACAUCAAGUUCAUGCUGGAGAAGCUCGGAGAGAGCGUGCACGACUUGAGCUCGUUCGACGAGUACUCGGCGGAGCUGAAGGCAGGCCGGCUGGAGUGGAGUCCCGUGCACAAGUCGGAGAAGUUCUGGCGCGAAAACGCCGCUCGGCUCAACGAGAAGAAUUACGAGCUGCUCAAGAUUUUGAACCACCUCCUCCAGGCAUCCGACGAUCCGCAGGUGCUGAGCGUGGCGGCGCACGACAUCGGGGAGUACGUGCGACAUCACCCCCGCGGCAAGAAGAUAAUUGAGCAGCUGGGCUGCAAGCAGCUCGUGAUGGGCCUCAUGCAUCACGCGGACACGGACGUACGCUACAACGCCCUACUCGCCGUGCAGAAGUUCAUGGUGCAUAACUGGGAGUACCUGGGAAAGCAACUCCAGAGCCAGCAGGGCUCCAUUCCCACGCGGAGCUAGAACAGCGUCGCCACCGCCACCACCACCACCACCCUCACUACCACCACCACCAUCGCCACCACCACCACCACCACCGUCGCCACCGCCACCACCACCACCGUCACUACCGCCACCACCACCACCGCCACCACCGCCACCACCACCACCACCAACCACCACCGUUGCCGCCACCGUGACCAUCACCACCGCCACCACCACCACCG